CGAGGCAACCUUAGAGGGAAAAGAAGAUCGCUUUUCUUGUUUGCCACCACAACACUUGCCCAACUUGGAAGAAAUAAUAAGCAAUUGGUUAUUUCUAAAUGAUAAAACAUUAAUAGAAAAAAUUGUUUUCAAGUAUCCUGAAUCCCUCGCUAGUAAGGUAGAAAAGAUUAUUAUUCAACAACCGCCAAUUAACUACUCAACAACUGAGAGUAUUGGAAGAGAAGAAAAUGAUUUAAUAUAUGCUUACACUCAACGCGCUAACAGACUGUUUGGAGAAAAAUGA